AUGGUUUUGUUCGAACUAGACCCGGACAUCAUCCGAUGGGGUCUUCACCAUCUCCUCCCGGCUCCUGCUGGCUACUCUGCUGAUAAUCGCACCCAAACCACCCCUACCACACCUUGUACAGCCUUUGUUCGCCCUCUUGAUCAGCCCACCGGAGACAUGGGUAGCUCAAACUCUGUUGAGAUCAAGGUUGAGCAUGUCAAUGCGGUUGACAACGACGAGGUCAUCGCGCAAGCCCUUCAGGAAGAAUUGUCCCAUGUCGCCCUCGCCGAAGCAUCCGGGGCAACCAGCACAGCUGACGAUCAACAACAUUCUGCUGUUCUCACGCAGCAAUGGCUUCGCCCACGUGCCGUCCUUGUAGAAUCAUCUUCUCAAGAAGCGGGGACCAGGGAGGAACCUUUCAGCACCUGCUCAAGCCCUGGAGAUGGUAAUACUGUCCAGGACAGCCAGGCAUGCUUGAUAGAGCUCAUGGAUGACUUCUCUGUCCUUGACGGUGAAGUGGGCAAAAGGUUGAACAGCAUGGUUCCUGUUCCUCAUGUUCCUAAAAUAAAUGGAGAGAUUCCUUCUGUUGAUGAAGCCAUUUCAGAUCAUCAAAGACUUCUUGACAGGUUGGUGCUGUACGGUUUGGUUGAUCUCAAGGUUAAAGGAGAUGGCAACUGCCAGUUUCGAGCGCUGUCAGAUCAAUUUUACCGAACUCCUGAACAUCACAGAUUUGUUCGGGAACAAGUGGUGAAGCAGCUUGAAUCGCAUCCUGAGAUUUAUGCAGGAUAUGUCCCUAUGGAUUACAGGGAAUAUCUCAGAAAAAUGUCAAAGAGCGGAGAGUGGGGUGACCAUGUUACAUUGCAGGCUGCUGCAGACACGUAUGGUGUAAAGAUCUUCAUCCUGACAUCAUUCAGAGAUACAUGUUACAUUGAGAUUCUUCCUGUUGUUGAGAAAUCCAGAAGAGUUAUAUGCUUGAGUUUUUGGGCUGAGGUGCACUACAACUCCAUAUAUCCGGAAGGAGAGUUGCCGGUUUUGGAGAACAAAAAGAAAAGCUGGUGGCCCUUCUAG